AUGGAGGGCCUGGUUUCACAAUGGAGUUUGGACCAGGGCCUGGCGAUGCUCUGUCACCCUCAAAGAGAGGAGUGGGCACAUAGGGGGAACCUGAUCCCAGGUUUUGGCAACAAUGAAAGGUUUGAGGAUCCUGUUUCCUUCCAUCUCCUCCAGACAUCAACCUAUAACAACCAUUCCUGGGUACAUCAGGGCUCAGGCUGGUUCGGGGAGCUGCAGACUCACAGCUGGAACAGGAGCUCUGGUACCAUCAUUUUCCUGUAUCCCUGGUCCAGGGGCAACAUCAGUAACAAGGAGUUGAUGGAUCUGGAAAGGUUGGUCCAGUUAUACUUCAUGAACCAUCAGGACUUUUAUAUUUCUCAAUUGAUGUUUAAAGGUCCUUUUGAUCUACAGGUGGCAGCAGACUGUGAACGGCACUCUGGGAAGGGCUUCCUAGGCUUUGUGCGGGUAGCUAUACAAGGACAUGACUUCAUAAGCUUCCAGAAUGAAACAUGGUCACCAUAUCCCAUGGGGGGAAGAAAGGCCCAGAAAGCCUGCAAUCUACUCAAUCUGAACCAAGCCUACACAAAUAGGAAACAUUGGCUCCUCAGUUAUGCCUGCCCACGUUUAAUCUCGGAUCUUCUAGAUGGAGGGAAAGCUCAUCUCCAGCGACAAGUGAAGCCUGAGGCCUGGCUGUCCAGUGGCCCAAGCCCUGGGCCUGGCCAUCUGCUGCUGGUGUGCCAUGUGUCUGGAUUCUACCCAAAGCCCGUGUGGGUGAUGUGGAUGCGAGGGGAACAGGAGCAGCAGGGCACUCAGAGAGGUGACAUCCUGCCCAAUGGUGAUGGGACGUGGUAUCUCAGAGCAACCCUGGAUGUGGCAGCUGGGGAGGUGGCUGGCCUGGCCUGCAGGGUGAAGCACAGCAGCCUAGGAGGGCAGGACCUCGUCCUCCACUGGGGGGCACCUCAGAGUGCCCUGGGCUUGAUCCUCUUUGCCGUGAUAGUGGCCCUGGCUCUUCUCACAGGUCUUGGAUUUUCAUUUAGGAAACGCUGGACACACUGUGAAGCUCCCUAUAGUGUUUGCUCUCUCUGAAGUGAGGACCCAGCUACCCAGGUGCCCAGUCUACACCUGAACACCACAGGGUGAUGACAUCACUUCAACUCCCCUUGUUAAAACCUUGCAAUUCAUUUCUGCUCCAUGAUCAUUUACCAAUAUGUGCUCAAUGUAAUCUUUCAGGAUUUGUUGUUCUGACAUGGUUUCUGUGGGUUUAACUCUGAAUGGAACAGGAUGUUAGCAGUGUCAGCCUGGUUAAAUGUAAUGGAUCAUCAGAUGCAUUUCAGCUGUCACAUCCUCCAGGGGUACUUCCUUGAUCCACAGUAGGGAGCCAUGUCUCUUCCAUCUGAGCAUAUCCACAUUUCAGCUGUGCCCCUCACUUCCUAGCAUCUGUGGCAGGUGUGUAGUUUUGUUUCUUCUUUUAAGCUUUUAAAAGUUUGAGAGCAAAGCACAUGCUUUAUGAAUAUCUGCAUCUUUGGUGAAGUGUCUGGCCUGAAUGCAACAUAUUUUCAAUAAAACCUGUGUUGAAUUAUG